GUCUUCUGCACGAAUUGCGGCAACGAGUGCAACACUUCCCACCGCUUCUGCGGCUUCUGCGGCAGCCAGGUGGGCGCCGCUGGCGCCACGCCCGCCUCGAUGCAGGCCCUGCCGAGUUCGAUGCGCGCCGACGCGCCCACGUUCGUGAUGCCCGCGGGAGGCGACCCGUGGGCGCCCGCCCCCCUGUACUCGAUGGUGACGUCGCCGGCCUUGGAGAUGCCCGCGCCCGCCGACGCGGCGACGGACGAGCUGGACAUCAUGCGCGGGCGUAUGAUGUUGCUCGCUGCCCUCAAGGAGAUGGAGAGCAGGGAAACCACAAGCUCCCACUGA